GGCUUGAGGGCGCCCGCGCCCGCGUUAUAAGGUGGGGAGGGCGGCUCGCCGCGCCGCGCCGUCCGCCGUCCCGCCCGGCCGCACCAUGGCGCUGAGCGACACCAUCCUGCCCUCCUUCGCCACCUUCGCCAGCCCCUGCCGAGAGAAAGCCCUCCACGAAAGGUGGAAGUGCGACCAGGAGGCCAAGGCUCCCGCUGGCACCUGGGGCAGCCUCUCCCCGCGCAAAGAGGAUGAAGACCUCAACAACGUGCUGGAUUUUAUCCUUUCCAUGGGCAGCGACAGCUAUGGCCAGGGAGCUGCCGGCGGGGACUAUCCCCCCACGCAAGGGGAGAGCAGCGGCUUUUACCAGACAAAUCCGUCCCCGGGAUGCUACAGUGCCCUGGAGCAGGGCAGCCCUCCGCCCUACAACGCUGGCCUCAUGCCGGAGAUGAUCCGCUCCGAGAUGGACUCCAACUACUGCCCACCUGGCAACGUCCACGGGCGGUUCUUCGUGACGCCCAGCUUCGGGGGCCCGCAGUUCGUCGAGAACAUUAAGCCCGAGCCUGACAUGGACAAUUAUGGGCCAGUCAUGGGUCUGGUGCCCCAGGCUUGCCCGAAGAUCAAGCAGGAGGGCAACGCAACCUGCAUGAUGGCCUACGAGCAGCCCCGGGUGGCCAGCUCUCCCCAAAUCCCUGGGGCAGAGACGCCCCCGCUGAGCCCCGAUGAUCUCAUGGUGAAUGACUGCCACACGCAGAUGAUGUGCACCUCGUCCGUGUCCUUCCAGCAAAGCUACCACCCAGCCUCCAGCUUCCACCACCCGCAGACCCAUCUCCAGUACCAGAACACCUCCCAGUUUGGCCUUUUCGAGGACAGCCUGCCCUUACAACCCUCUGCUCCCAGAGGCAUGCUCACCCCUCCUUCCUCGCCUCUGGAGCUGCUGGACUCCAAGCCAAAAAGAGGACGGCGCUCCUGGCCUCGGAAGAGGACAGCCACUCACACGUGCACCUACGCAGGCUGUGGGAAGACCUACACCAAGAGUUCGCACCUGAAGGCCCACCUCAGGACACACACAGGUGAAAAGCCCUAUCACUGCAACUGGGAAGGCUGCGGCUGGAAGUUUGCUCGCUCCGACGAGCUCACCCGUCACUAUCGCAAGCACACCGGCCACCGGCCCUUCCAGUGCCACCUCUGCGACAGGGCAUUCUCCAGGUCAGACCACCUGGCUUUGCACAUGAAACGGCACAUGUAGCCCCAGAGACUCUGACCUGCGAACAGUGGACGUUAUUUAACUGCUCAGGUGCAGAAUUGUUAAAAACCUGUAGCUGGUACUACGUAGGGAGGCACCGACACUCUAGCAGUGGAAGCCGAGGAGGAUUUGACACAAGGAGACUUAGCCAGUCAUCUCCUGCAGAGAAUUUGACGUGACUGUAUCAGUGAACCUGCCCGUUCCAUUCAGGAGAAUAGGGGUUAUUUAUGCAGCUUCUGUGAAGGGUAAACUCUGUAAGACUCCAUACAGAUUGUAUAGAAGAAGCUGUAAAUACGUUUUUUUCCAAUUCUAACUGCCCAGUCCUAAGCUUUAUGAGACAAUGUUUGUAUGGAAACUGCCUGAAGUUGACCCUAGAAGAGAUUAAAUGAAUGUUACUGUAGCUACCGAUGUUAUUUUAGAUCUCAGUUGAAGGCAUGGCUAAGAGAACACUCCUAUUGUUAGACUGUUUGUUUCACAGGUGCAAUAAUAUUCUUGUUUGCCAUGAUCUACACUAGAAGUACAGGGCUUGAUGUCUUGUAAGAAAAUAACCUAUUUUACUGUAAUUUUUUUAUAUAUUGUAAAUAAUUUUAUACAGUGAGAAAUAUUGUAUAUGUAAAUAGAAGACAAAUGGGUAUUUUGCCUAUUUCUGUUUUUAUAAAAACGUAAUUUUUCAAUGUUUGAAAACAUUUCAUCUUUUUAAUAAAAUAAAUCUUUAAUUCCUGUGA